AUGACAUUUGGGGCUAAAUAUUAUGAUUUGAUCCUCGUUUUGCUCAUCACACUCGGGUUAUCAAGUCUCCUUGCUGUUAUUCAAAUUUUCAAAUUGAAAAGCUUUACUUGGCCGAAGACUGGUUUCGAUAUCAGCUUUAAACUCAGCUCCCAGCUCACGGAAAUCUUCGAUCAAAACGCUGAAUAUGCUUUCUUCUUGGGAUUUCCUUUUGCUGGAUUGGCUGCUUUCUAUGCUGCGACGAAUAAUCGAUUGACGAUACCGGUUCGAUUAUUGUCGACUGCUGAAAACGCGAACAAAUUCGUGCAAACACUCGGCUAUUUCCCAACUUUCAUCUGUGAAUUGAGUCUGGUGUUCACAUGCUCGAAGGAUUUGACUUAUAUAUUUGACAGAGUAUCAUUUUAUGUCGAUUACUAUGAUCUUUUCAGUAUUUCGCAAUAUUGUCAAUUGUGUAUAUCAAUCAGCCAGUACUGGUCAAUAUCAGAAAUCAAGCCGGAUAUCGACCCUUCAAUCUCAGGACAACUCACUCCAAUCAUUGAAAGGACUGAGGCUGUGGUACUAGUUUUGAGUGUUUUCAUCAGUUUUUUCGCUAUUUGGAACGUUCUAUGGAACGAUCGGUUGACUCUUCCAUUACGUUUGUUGGCAGCUAAUGAAAACGUCGAUAAAAUGAUAUUUGCUAUCAUUUACACCUAUUAUUGCGUGUGCAAAUACCUAGCAAAUGAUCAGUGUCCACAAGCAGUUUUCGAUUUGAUCACCACAAUCAACUCGUACUUUGACUAUCAUAUUCUUAACGAUAUUGCUCAAUACAAUCAGCUGAUGAUCUCAAUCAGCCGUUUCCUAGCCGUUUCCUUUGAUGGUGCUUAUUUCCCUUACACUUUACGCUUUCCAUUCAUUCAACCACUUCUCCCAUAUAUCCUUCGAAUCGGUCUCAGCUUUUUGAAGAACCUCUUCCCAUUUGAUUUCACCUAUUAUUACAUCUUUGAUCUCUAUAUUCUUCAAUUUCCCUACUUUUUCAUGUGCGCUCUCGAUUUCGUUACGAAUCGAAAAAUGAAAAGCCUGAAGAAGAGGGGGAAAACGUCAAGAGCUGAACGAUUGUUGAUGAUACAGAUGAUGGCCAACUCCUUCCUAACUCUCAUCAAUACUCUAUUCAUGUAUUCGAUAAUGUCAAUCGUCAAUUUCUUCUUUGAUAUCAGUCUUGCAUUUCUUGUGAUGAGAUCGCUCGACUUUAUUCGAUUUUUCUUUUUCAAUUUCAUCAUGAGUUUGAUCAGUGUUUUCUGUUUCCGAAAACCAAGGGAUCAAAAAGUUCAACAAAGAACUAAUGACGGAACGGCUUUCACAGUGAGUAGAAGAACGACAAGAAAUCGU